UGUGAUACAAAUAGUAUUUUCAUUACGGAGUUAUUAACUUACAACACGGCUUUUACGUCGUGGCCAAUUAAAUCAACUGUUUUGGCACUUAUCUCCAACGAAUCUUUUGCAGUCAAUGAAACUGUUACAACGAUUGCACUCAAUAAUGCACAUUUGGCCUUUGCGAACUUGACCCAAAGUAACAUUACUGCGCAUACUACAAUUGCAGCAACAUACUCUAUCCCCACUCUUUUACUAUCACCAUCAACAACAUUUCCAACUGCAACUAGUAGCAGCACCAUCUCCAGCAAUGUCACCCAACAACGUCAGUCUACGCGCAGCAAUGCAUUUGAGGUACCCAUAUGGUUGAUUCUGUGUUACAGUGUAAUAUUACUUUGCGCCAUUGUAGGCAACCUGUUGGUUAUUUCAACGCUCGUGCAGAAUCGUCGUAUGCGUACCAUUACAAAUGUAUUUCUACUUAACCUUGCCAUCUCUGAUAUACUGUUGGGUGUCCUUUGUAUGCCAGUAACCUUGGUGGGUACAUUACUACGACAUUUUAUAUUUGGAGAAUUUUUCUGUAAACUGAUACAGUUCUCACAAGCUGCAUCUGUUGCCGUCUCCUCAUGGACACUUGUGGCAAUAUCUUGUGAACGCUAUUACGCUAUAUGCCAUCCGUUACGUUCGAGACGUUGGCAGACCCGAAGUCAUGCGUACAAAAUUAUAGUGUGUAUAUGGUGUGGCAGCAUGCUGUGCAUGUUGCCAAUUGCAAUGUUCAGUCAGUUGAUGCCAACAAGUCGACAAGGUCUACGCAAAUGUCGUGAAAAUUGGCCUAGUUAUGCCUUGCCCUAUGAACGCUCUUAUAAUUUAUUUCUUGUGUUAAUGCUUUUGGUGCUGCCACUGAUGAUACUCUCAGUGGCAUACAUCCUAAUAACACGUACUCUGUAUGUAGGUAUGCGUAUUGAGAAGGCCAUGAUAUUCGGUGGCAGAGGACAAGAAGAUAUGCAUUCACCAUUUCAGAGAAAAUCAAAUAAUGCCAGCAGACUGAGAAAAUCAUCAUUUCUAACAUCGUCAUCGAUGACAACGACUGCAUCGUCACGUCUUAAACUUAAUUUAUCAUUAAGAUGCCAUGGCAGACCAGCAACAACACCUACUUAUAAUAAUAUCACCACUAGCACCACAACAAAUCUUCAGAGUAAUUUAGACAACCACCAAGAAGAAACGAAUAUUUUCUGUCAGAAGCAGCAACAACAGCAACAUAAUCACCAAUUACCAGCACAAAGAUUAUAUCAGCAACAUAAUUUUCAAAAUUAUCACCAGCAACAUCAAAUUGUAUUUAACGAGGGAGUUCAACAGGAACAGCAACAACAGCAGGAACAACAAGCUUGUUGUGUUAAGCUUAAAUUUUUAUAGUAAUUAUACUCUGCAUCUCCUCUGGGAAGGGAAUUAUGUGUAGAUACUGAAACGAAGAUCAAAAGUAAUAUAGAUGCCAAACUACAG